UUGUUGAAGGAAAAUCAUAAUUCUUCAUGGUAUCAUAGCCAUAAUCUCUCAACCCAAAAACCCUAACCCUACCCGUGCUCUCUCCCUCCCUCUCGGCGUGCUUUCUCCCAGCGCCGCACACCACCCGCCGUCCUCCUCUCCUCAGCGGCAGCAGCAUCGCAGCACAGCCCCUCUCUUCCUCGGCGACGACAGCACCUUCUCUUCUCAAUAUGGCUUCCUCUGAUAAAGCCUCUGAAAACUCAACCUCUUCCUCCUCCUCGAAUGCUCCUCAUCUUGCCUUCACAACAAUCUCCAACGUCAAGCUUCAUGUCCCGAUUCAGCUCAGCUUUUCUCAGCCCAACUACAAAAAGUGGAGUCGGCUCUUUCUCCUCCUGGUGCGCCGAUUCACCCUCCACGGCUUUCUCUCAGGUUCUACCACUCCUUCUUCUGCCGAUGAUGAUGAAUGGUACCAGCUUGACGCCCUGAUCCAAGGUUGGAUUCUCUCUACCAUCACUGACGAAGUUUCAGAUCUGGUCAUCUCCACCACCACCACCGCCGCUGAACUCUGGCAGGUUAUUCAUGCUCUCUUUCAUGACAACAAACAUGCUCAGGCGAUGCAACUCGAGCACCAGUUUCGAACCACCAUCAAGGGUUCGAUGACCAUGGCUACUUACUGUCAAACUUUGCGGAACAUUGCCGAUUGGUUGGAUGAUGUUGACGCUCCGGUCUCUGAGUCUCAACUUGUGCUUCAAAUGCUUCGUGGGCUACCCGACGAUCUCCAAGCUCAGACAUCGUUCUUGCAAUUCCAACAACCGCUGCCCACGUUCCUUCAGACCCGAUCCGCUCUCCUGCUCCUUGAACGGCAACGACAAACCAUCAUGGACGAUGCUGGCACGGCGCUCAUAGCUGGCCGAACUGGCAGUAGCGGCGGUUUCGGGCGCAGCGAAUCCUACCAUGAUUAGGAUUAGGAAUAGCUUGUGUAUAUAAACACAUGUACUCCCACAUUAUUGUUGAAGGAAAAUCAUAAUUCUUCAAGUAUACUUCAUAUUAAAGUAAGAAUAAAUGAAAAUAUACAUUUGUAUUUAUAAUUAUAUGUAAACUCCGUAUCAUAAGUAUUAAUUUUUUUUAAAAAAUAGAUAAUCCGGGC